AUGGAUCCACCACCUCUUUUAAGUAGUGCAUUUCCAUUACCUCCAAUGAGUUAUAUUGAACUAUUUAGUGAUGAUAAUAUUCGUCAAAAUAAUAAAAUUUUACAACCACCACCACCUAUUGAAGGUCCUUAUGAAUUAUUUGGUCUUUAUGUUAAUGGUAUUGAUCAUACUGAACCAAUAAUACGUUCAUUAGCAGCUCAACAAAUUCAACGUGUUUAUACACGUUCUGAUGAUUAUAAAGGUGAAUUAAAAAAAUUAUGUUUUGCUAUAUUAACAAAUUAUCUUGAUUUAUUACAAAUUGUUUCACGUUCAACAGUAACACCAAGUACUGAUAGUGGAAAUAUAACAUUACGUGAACAAAAAUUACAUGAAAUUGAAUUACUUUUUAUAAAUAUUCAUCAUUUAAUAAAUGAAUUACGACCACAUCAAGCACGUGAAACACUUCGUGUUAUACUUGAAGAACAAAAACAACAACGUGAAAAAACAAGUGAUAAACUUUAUUCAUUUUUAAAUCGUAUUGUUGAUGUUUUAAAUUCAGCUGUUUAUUCACUUAAUGAUCAUGUACCUAAAGUUGUUAAUUAA